AUGGGGUUGAAGUUCAUUCUCUUCAGUCGCGUGACCAGCAAUGCACUCUCCAUCUCUUUGCCGCCUCUCAUUCCGUCGAUCCCUGGAGUGACAGUCCCGCUGCUCCCGAACGCUGCUCCUCCUCUUCCAAUUCUCCAGGUGCCGACCCCACCGUUGGAGAGCCCUCCCUUUGAAGGCAGCAACAUCAAGCCGAAGAAGAUUGGCUACUUUUGGACUGCGGCAGGAGACAACCAGCACAAGGACUUCUUGGCCACGUAUAGUCUUGAUGAUGACACCUUUGGCACGCUUCUUUGGAUCACGGACGUACCAUCGAGCGGCAACAGUCCUCAUCAUCUCGGUCCGUCGCUUGACGGGAAGACAUUGAUCGGAGGGGGACUUCUGUCCUUGUUGAAGACCCAGGACACUGCGUUCUACUUCGAUACCUCCGACCCGUAUCACCCAACAUUCAAGAAAAGCAAUCGCGCUUUGCUUUCUUCCAUCGUUGAUGAGAUCAGGGCCAAGCCAGAUGGAGGAUUCUUCAUUACAUACAUGGGCUCUGCUGUCGGCACAUCUCCAGGACGACUUGUUGAGACUGAUGCGAACUUUAAUGUCAUUCAUGAAUGGCCCGAAGAUGUCAGCGGCCUCCUCAAUAUUCUAGGAGAGCAGUUCAGUCCUCACGGGCUGACAAUCGACUUCGAACGGGAUGUGAUUCUGACCUCGGAUUUCGUUGUCCCUAUCUCAAUCCUCAAGCCAACAUUGGGAAUUGCGAAGGCGAACACACUACGACUUUGGGAUUUGCCUACACGAGAGAUCAUCAGCACCAUCACUAUACCAAACGGGGGCGGGAUCCAGGACGUCAAGUUCAUCCCCGGGAACCCGGAAUCUGCUGCUCUUGCUACAGCCGUCCACCUGGGUCAAGUUUGGGUAAUUUAUCCGUUCCGCAAAGACGGAAAUGGAAAGCAAGGAGUCGCAGAACCCCUCUACGACCUGGGACCAAAGGCUCGGGACACAGUGGCUAUUUAUUCCGAUAUCACGCAAGACGGCAAAUACGCCUACUUCACGCUUACCACAGCGAACCACAUUGCGGCUCUUGAUAUCAGUGAUCUUGAUAAUGUCAAACGCCUUGACAAUCCUGAUGAAGACCAAGACACUAUCGGGCCCCACUACAUCAAGGUCACUCCCGACCAAAAGCAUAUUGUCGUCACGGACUACUUUGUCCAGACUGGUGAAAUCGGUGUGAUCAACACGCCGGCAGAUUUCCAGGCUCUUUACAUUGACAUCUUGCCGGAUGGCGGACUCAGCUUCAAUCGCACGAUUGACUUCCCGCGAGAGUUCGCGAAUCGUGGAGGAGCUAAACCGCAUAGUGCUGUGGUGUUCGACCUCACCGAUCCAAAUGACCCUAAAUACUAUUAG